AUGGUACCGGGUCUGUCAUCUGGCGAUGGUGUCGGUGCUAACACGACGCCACAACAGCUUGCCAGACCAUCUGCAGGCUCUCACAAACGCGGCAUGGACGAGAUUGCUCAACAAUUAGCCAUGCAGGUUAGCGAACAGUUACCUGCUGUUUUAGAAGCAAUACUUCGUGCUGGCCAUGACCCAGCCAGUCAGCCCCUCCACCUUGAAUGCAGCCUUACCACGCCCGGUCAAGGAUCGGGGCUCAUUGACAACCGUCUACCUGUUGCAGCUGUCAAUAUCAGCAACGCCAUCGUGCCAUUCAACCCUUCACCGUUAACAGAAUCAUCAGGCGCCACACCGUCAGUGGGUAGCAUCGGCCUCCCGCAUGUGCAAUGGCAAGGCAAGAACAGCACAACACCAGCAACAUCCCAGGCGAAAGACCCGGACCUUUAUGGCUCGGAGAGACCAACUAAGCGGGCACGGCAACGGUACGACAUCGCUUCAGAUGCGGUUCCGACUUCUGCAGUCCAGCGAAAUGGCAAUGUAGAGCCGGCUCGCAAGAAACGCAUCCCUACCAACCCGGCUCUACAACCUUCGACGUUCGACAAAUUUAUCACUGGGAUCUGGGACUCCAUUUACUCGUCCAUCCGGAUGGAUCCAGCAGAGGUGAUCGAGCAGUGGCAGGCCAUCGAGUCUAGCGGCCAACCGAAGCUCCUCACAGAAGACCAGCACGAAGUCACGACCCGCAACAGCCUUGGCAACUUUGGCCGCAUGAACAUACUGACGAGGAAGAUUAGUCAGACAGGCAAGACCUUUCGCUCGCUGGAGAUCAUUGUUCAGGCUCAUUGGGUGCAGUGCUUCGAUGAUCGGGUAGCGGAGCUUGCCACCGAGAUGCCUCGAGAGAAAGCGAAGAGGGCCGCAAUGUCUGAAGCAUGUGGAGACUUUGGCUGGACCGACAAAGAACUGAGAAAUAAGACUGCGAUCUGGCGAGGCUACUCUGACAUCAAGGACGCUGCCGGUUGGGUGGCGCUUGUGUUUGCUUCGACCGGGCUCUAUCGUUUCUCAAAGUACUCGCUCACGAACGAAACGUUCGACAAGCUCCGAGCUCUACGACAUCGCUUCGAACUUGCCGCCGACACUUGCCACCCAAAGUGGAGAGUGCUUCUCGGCAUCAUCGGCGCUCCAACAGAACGGAAGUACAUCGGACACCCGCAUGACUGGGUCGUGGAGGCUGGAGACGAAGCCAUUCCGCUCGCUCCAACGUACUACCAGUGGGAUCCAAACUUCUCCUACAAGCACCUCGACGGCUCGGUAGUAGAUGAAGAGGCAUGGGGCGGUUACGACCCUCGCACGGUCAUGGCAGAUACCGAUCCUGCCAUGGCCACAUGCCAGUCUUGCGGCGAACACCAAUCCGACGACCCGAGACAAAACGUCUGCAGCUGCUACGCCAACCUGUACGGCUGCAGUAAGCCGAAUCUAGUACCGCUACAAAUCUUCCGGACGCCAAACGGGAAGAAUAACGGUCUCCUCGCCUGCUGCCCGAUUGAGAAGGGUUUAGCAGUCGGCGAGUUCGUAGGAGAAAUCACAUCAGGACUCGCAGGACUGGACGUCAUGAUUGGAGAGACCGACCAAGCCACCUAUCAGAUCUGGCAAGGGCGGCAAGGCAACCAUACCAAGUUCGUCAAUCAUUCUUGUGCGCCGAACUCGCAUUUCGAACGCUUCGUCUGGCUGGGCAAGCAAAGAAUCGUGCUGGCUUCUUUGGGAAUUGAGGCCGGGGGUGAGGUUACGGUAGACUAUGGUGAGACGUACUGGCACAACUUGGACAAGGAGUGUAAAUGCGGGCAGCCAUGUUGCAGAUACAAGGACCGACGAAGGCAAGUGGACGCUUCGCCUGAAAGAAGGCAGCUGCUCGGUGGCGCCAAAGUGGAUGGCGAAGAUAGCGAUGAGGAAGGGAACAGGUAG